AUGCCCGAGAAUGGGACCUCACUUCUGAGCACGUUCACCGAGAACACCGAUGUCCUUUUCUUGCUUAGCGUCGUUGCCCCGUUGAUUAUCUGCUGUUUUGCGAUUUUCCUCUGCGCUGUCGGGAGCAUUUGUAAAACGAGAAGAAAGUUGGAUUUGUUGGAAACAAAGUACCCAUUCACUUCUGUUCAAGACACAAAUGAGUUCACCGUUGAUUUGACCACGAAAAUGGACUCCUGUGUUGAGCUCACCUCAACGCCACCGGAUUCGGUUCUGCUU